AUGUCUAAAUAAUUUGAAGGAUAAAAUAUUAUAGAAGGUUAUCAUAUAGAGGUGGAGCAGGUCUUAAGCAAUGUAAAAUACAAUAUGUAUUAGUUUCAGAAUGUCCAUCCAUAUGAUAUUAAAUGCCCGGUAUGUUUAAAUGUAUAUUUGGAUCCAAUAUCAUGUGAUUCAUGUAUGAAUCAUUUUUGCAAGGAAUGCUACCAACAGAAAUAAAGCACUAAAUGCCCUUUAUGCAGCCAUCAAUGUGAGACAAGAAAAGCAUUUCCACUUCUAAGAUAAUUAUUGAGUUAAUUAAAAAUUCGAUGUCAUCAUUUUGACUAAGGUAAAGCUUCGAUUAUGAAUAUAGGGUGUUAAGUAAUAGUAGAUUACGAUGCUUACGAUAAACAUGUUAAGCAAUGUGAUUAUAGCGAAGAAGUUUGUGGAUUAGUGGAUGGCAAACUACAAUGCAAUGUCAUAAAAUUUAAGAAAGACAUACAAAAUCAUAGAACCUAUGAAUGUAAUUAUAGAUAAUGUGAAUGCUGUCAUUGUCAUUAAUUUUUUAGCAGCUUUAAAUUAUAAAUGCAUGAGCUAAAAUGCGAAGAGGCUUUAACUAGAUGUCCAAAAUGUCACACUUAAAUUAAAAUAAAGGAUCAAUCUAGCCAUCUCUUAAUUUGUGAUUAGAACAUAGAAAAAUGCAUUUAUUGUAGUGGAGAAUAUGCUUGGCAUCAAUUAUUAAUACAUCAAAAUGAAUGUCCACAACGAGAAGUUUGCUGUGUUGGUUGCUCUCAAAAGUUUACUCUUAGUGUUUAUUACAUACAUCAAACCAACUGUCCCAAAUUUCCAUAAAUAUGUCCUAGUUGUAAUCAAAAAGUAACAAGGGAAUAGUUUGAAAAUCAUAAUUUUAAAGAUUGUUUGAUAUACAUCAAAUCUUAGCAUGAUUAAGAAAUUUAAAAUUUAAUUCAAAAACAUAAAUAACUUGAAAUUGAAUUAGGCAAAAAGGAUACAAUUAUAAAGUUUUCCAAUCGAUUUAAAGAUCCAGAUAUCUUUCUAAAUUUAGAUAAGACAAAUGCAUUAGUUAAACAAACAGCAAAUAAAAAGAAGGAUAGAUUUGUUUUAUUUAACAAUCCCAUUUCAGAAUAAAGAAAAUAAUGGAAGUUUAAAUGUUCUCAAGUUAAAAGUUCUUGGUAUGCAGUUGGUAUUACUGAGUUGUCCACUUUGCAUUCUCAAAAAAAAUAUUAAGAUAUAGGACAUGGAUCAUACCUAGUAUCCUCAAAUGGAACUAUGUACAACAAUCAUAAGGAUGAUCAGAAUUCAAAGGAGAGUGACUUUAGGAUCAAUACGAAUGAUAUCAUUAUUAUUAUAGUAGACUUAGAGGCAGACUUAUUGAUUCUUUAUAAUACCACUUAAAAUUUAUCACUUGAAAUCGAGGCAGCCUUUGAAGGUAAAGAUUUUUAUGGAUGUGCUUGUUUAAGAACUGCAGGAGAUGAAAUUUAAAUAAUUUAAUGA